UCCUCCCAUCAGCAUCACAGAAGCUGCCACUUUAACCAGCUGUUGCGUUUCCCCCAAUCCACCCUACCAGCUGCGAUCCAGCCCGUGUUUUUCAGCCUGUGUCUGCAUGUCCCUUUCUCUCUCUCUCACUGGCUCAUUCUCCUCUCGCUGCUCUGCAUUGCUGUGGAUCCCACAUAGCCCACACUGGAGAGUCCAGAGCAGACGGAGAAAGAAACUGUGCCUGCUAUUUUCUGGCACCUGGAUCUUUGCUAUGUGCUGACGAACCUGGAAACUGGUCCAGGCGACACACCUGGAAAGUCAGGUGCUGGUGAGGGUCUGACUGAGCCACAGUGAAAGGGUGCACAUAUGGAUCAUUCAGCAAGACAGAGGUACAGCCGUGCACUGCGGAAUGGAGGGAGACCCUAAAAUCAGUCAGACUUGAGAUCUCACUCUCUCGCAUUCAGUGACAACUCAACUUCUGUCCUGCAAUGGGCUCAUGGCUGGGGGACUCCAGUCUGGACACCAGGAUGGGGGCAGCAUGUUUCUUACUGGUCAGUGGCUUCCUGAGUGUGCAGCUUCCUCCUUCUGGAUGCCAGCAGAGCUCGGGGCCAGCAAAUCCUUUCCCCAUGCCAGUGCCCGGUGCAGCCAGUCUGGGAGGACCAGGGGGGGAGUUACUACCGCACUUCCUCCUGGAGCCCGAGAAUGUCUUCAUCGUCAAGAACAAGCCGGUGACCCUGGGCUGCAAAGCUACCCCAGCUACACAAAUCUACUUCAAGUGCAACGGAGAGUGGGUCCACCAGAGUGACCAUGUGAUUCAGCACAGUGCAGACCUCAGCACGGGUCUGCCUGUAAUGGAAGUAAGAGUUGACAUCACCAGGCAGCAGGUGGAGAAGCUCUUUGGAUUGGAAGAAUAUUGGUGCCAGUGCGUGGCUUGGAGCUCUUCUGGCACAUCAAAAAGUCAGAAGGCAUUUAUUCGCAUUGCAUUUCUCAGGAAGAAUUUUGAGAGGGAGCCAGUAUCAAGGGAAGUGUUUCUGGAUCAGGAGGUGACUUUGUUAUGCCAACCACCUGAGGGAAUUCCUACUGCAGAGGUGGAGUGGCUGAAGAAUGAAGACACGUUGAACCCUGAUGUGGAUUCCAACAUUUUCAUUGGGACAGACCACAGCCUGGUUCUAAGACAGGCUCGACUAGCUGAUACUGGAAACUAUACCUGUGUGGCCAAGAACAUAGUCGCUAGGCGAAGGAGUAAUUCAGCAGCCAUCACUGUUUUUGUUAAUGGAGGAUGGUCAUCAUGGACUGACUGGUCUCCGUGUAGCACAACCUGUGGAAGAGGUUGGCAGAAAAGAAGUCGGAGCUGCACUAACCCCACACCUUUAAAUGGAGGCUCAUUUUGCGAGGGUCAGAACAUCCAGAAAACAGCCUGUACCACCCUAUGUCCCGUGAGUGGAGGAUGGGCAGAAUGGAGCUACUGGUCUUCUUGUACCUCUGACUGCACCCACUGGAGAAGUAGGGAAUGUACUCAGCCUGCUCCACGGAAUGGGGGGCUGCAGUGUCAAGGACCUGACACAGAGACCCGAAACUGCACCAGUGAACUCUGCAUGCACACUGUGGGUGCCCCUGAGGACGUGGCCCUGUACGUGGGAGUGGUGGCAGUGGCGGUGUUCCUAGUGCUGCUGUUAGCAGUGAUACUGGUGUGCUGGCGCAGGAAGGAGGGCCUGGAUGCUGAUGUGGCAGACUCCUCCAUCCUUACAGCUGCUUUCCAGCCUGUCAGCCUGAAGCCUGGCAAAGCAGGCCAGGCCCACUUGCUGACAAUUCAGCCUGAUCUCAGCACUGCUACAAUGACCUAUCAGGGAUCCUUGUGCCUACGACAAGACGGUAGCAACAAAUUCCAGCUAACUAAUGGACAUCUUCUACCACCUAUGGGACCAGGGUUACCAAGGGAACAUAGCCACACUCUACCACGUCUCUCCACCCAGAGCUACUUUCGCACCCUGCCUCGUGGAUCCAGCAAUAUGGCAUAUGGGACUUUUAACUUUCUAGGAGGACGUCUGAAGAUCCCAAAUACUGGCCUCAGCCUGCUUAUACCUCCAGAUGCCAUUCCCCGAGGAAAAAUCUAUGAAAUUUACCUGACACUUCACAAACAGGAAGAUGUGAGGCUACCUCUAGCUGGCUGCCAGACGCUUCUGAGUCCUAUCGUCAGCUGCGGGCCCCCCGGAGUUCUCCUUACCCAACCUGUUAUCUUGUCAAUGGAGCACUGCCUGGAACCCAGCCCGGAGAACUGGACUGUGCGACUGAAGAAGCAGUCCUGUGAAGGCAGCUGGGAGGAUGUCUUGCAGCUUGACGGGGGAAGCCCAUCACACCUCUAUUACUGUCACCUGGAGUCCCGCAGCUGUUACCUAUUCACAGAACAGCUGGGACGCUUUGCUCUGGUGGGAGAGUCUCUGAGCAUGUCAGCCACAAAACGCCUGAAGCUGCUGCUCUUCGCCCCCACCUCCUGCACAGCACUAGAGUACAGCCUGCGAGUGUACUGUAUCACUGACACACAGGAUGCCAUGAAGGAGGUUAUACAGCUGGAGAAACAACAGGGGGGGCGGCUGUUAGACGAGCCACGGCUCUUGCAUUUUAAGGAUAGCUAUCACAAUCUGCGUCUUUCUGUUCAUGACAUGCACAGCACCAUGUGGAAGAGCAAGCUCCUGGCCAGCUACCAGGAGAUUCCAUUCUAUCACAUUUGGAAUGGAGUACAUGAGAAUCUACACUGCACUUUCACAUUGGAACGCUUCAGUCUCAGCACUUGUGACCUCUCCUGUAGGGUCUGGGUAUGGCAAGUGGAAGGAGAUGGUCAGAGUUUUAACAUCAACAUCAACUUAAGCAAGGAAAAUCGCCCAUCACAGAUACUGCUGGAUGAAGGAGAAAAGGAUGCAGCAGCUCUGGUGGGUCCCAGCGCCUUCAAAAUCCCCUUUCUAAUGAGACAAAAGAUCAUAACAAGCUUAGAUGAGCCAUCCUCCCAUGGAGCCGAAUGGAGAGUGCUAGCUCAGAAGCUGAAUCUGGACAGCCAUUUAGGUUUCUUCAUCUCCAAGUCAAGUCCUACCGCCAUCCUCCUGAAUUUCUGGGAGGCACAGAACUUCCCCAAUGGGAACCUGGCAAGAUUGGCAGCAGCUGUGGCAGAGAUUGGGAAGCAAGACUCUCUCAUGUACAUGAUGUCAGAGGCAGAGUGCUGAAAGAGUAUGGAGCACCUGCACAUUUCCAGCAAGUCCUAUGUCCAGGCUUGGCCAAAGGCCUCUUAGAUUUCCGAUACCAGGUCAAUGGACUACUCUUAAAAUUCCCCCUUCCUGGCAACUAUGGGGGGGUGGAGGGCUUCAAACACAUCUUUCUUGGUUAUAAAACCCCUGCCCAUGAAAGGGUUAAUGAAACGUUCAGCUCCUUUAUGCAGAGCAGGAUUUUCAAAGUCCAGCCUAGUAAUGUUGCUCUCAUACAAAACAUUAAUUGUGAAGACAAACUUGAACAACGAAGUAAGAUUCAACAUUUAGAAAAACAAAGGCACUGCAAAGCCACUGUCUAUGAAGUGGUUUCGUUUCAUAUUGUGAACCCUUCUAAUGAACACUAACACCAUCUAGUACCAAGUGCACUGGACUAAUAAAAAUAAAAAUAAAAAAAAUCACCACAUGCCACUCCCAGGGAAUGAACCCACCAAUCACUACAGACUUUACUUCUAAACCAAGUGUCUUGUAUUGCUACCUUGUCUGUGAAGGUGCGACAGUGACACCCAGUAUUUGUGUUGUUCAGUUUUUACCAACACCCAUACCCAGGUAAGUGGAGAAAGGUGCAAUAUAUUUGAAAAAUGAUUCCCACUAAAUACAGAUAUCCUCUAUUUGAUAGCCAUAAGGACAUUGAAGGGCACUCCAGUGAUCAUUUUCUACAAGUAAGGGAGAAAUUCAGACAAAUAUCAUUUAUUGGCCUUUUCACCCCUCAAGCCAGCUGUAUAUGCAAAAUGAGAGCACUCCCUGCUCCAGGAGUAAGUGAAUGAGUGUGUUUGAUUGUGGAAGUGUGCGCACAAGUGUUUUAUUUAUUUCUUAUUUUCAGAUAAGAAAAAUCAUUUGAACAAUAAAAAUGUGUAAUGACCAGUGUUUUUAUUUUCUACAUUCUGUAUUAAAGUGCAUUCAAGUAUUUACACUUGGCCUUAUGUAUAUAUUAUGUUCAUUCCGCUGAAGGUGUAUAGUACUUUUAGGUGACUUGAAUGUAAAUAAAUUAUAUAUAUAUUGCUAAAAA